UGGCCAGGCGAUCGGUUUAGUGCGCGCCCGCAGGCCAACGCAGUUGGAACGCAUUUGGAGAUUGGAAUACUACUCUUCUCGACCGCCCGCUCGCUCGCUCGCCGAUUGUCGCUUGGCCAACACAUACACAAAAUGGAGGACGAUGAGAAAAUGGACAUCAUGCGCAAGGCAUUCCAAAUGUUUGACACACAAAAGACGGGCUUCAUUGAGACGCUGCGCCUGAAGACGAUCCUCAAUAGCAUGGGCCAGAUGUUCGAGGAGAGCGAACUGCAGGCUUUGAUUGACGACAACGAUCCGGAGGACACCGGCAAGGUGAACUUCGAUGGCUUCUGCAACAUCGCCGCCCAUUUCCUGGAGGAGGAGGAUGCCGAGGCCAUCCAGAAGGAGCUGAAGGAGGCCUUCCGUCUGUACGAUCGCGAGGGCAAUGGUUACAUCACCACCUCCACGCUCAAGGAAAUUCUCGCCGCCCUCGACGACAAGCUCUCCUCCAGCGAUCUCGAUGGCAUCAUUGCUGAGAUCGAUACCGAUGGCUCUGGCACCGUGGACUUUGAUGAAUUCAUGGAGAUGAUGGCUGGCGAGUAGCGAGAUGGCUGAAAAAGAAAAAACCAACAGAAAAACAAGCUUUUGGGUUUAAUAAUAAUUUUUUAUUAUUUUUAAAUAAAUUAACUAAACGCUUUAA